AUGAACGUUACAGGGAAGCACCUUCCACCACUGCUUGAACGCCCUGUCAGCCUUCUUGUACCGACUUGGACAAAGACAGGUAUAGCACGACUGUUUGAUGAGGAAUCUGAGAAUGCCUAUGACAUCCGACUAAAGCUGUCCAAGGAUGUUAUAACAAUUCAAAAACAAGAUGUUAUCUGUAUCACUGGAAGUGAACCUCAUUCACAUCACAGAACUGUUACACUCUGCAGACAGCCUGUUGGAGGAAUGGGUCUAAGUAUUAAAGGUGGGGCUGAACAUAGUGUACCGGUUGUCAUUUCAAAAAUUUUCAAAGAUCAAGCAGCGGACCAGACGGGGAUGUUAUUUGUAGGAGACGCCAUGCUGCAAGUAAAUGGCAUUAAUGUUGAAAACUCUACUCAUGAAGAAGUGGUAAAUCUACUGCGAAAUGCUGGAGAUGAAGUUACUAUCACCGUUCAGUACCUCAGGGAAGCCCCUUCCUUCCUUAAGCUCCCACUAGGCUCACCAGGACCGUCCAGUGACCACAGCAGUGAGGCGUCUUCUCCUCUAUUCGACAGUGGCCUACACUUAAAUGGAAACUCCACAAAUACUGCACCAUCAUCACCUUCCUCACCUUCAGCUAAUGAACCAAAAUAUGAGAAGCGUUGGCUGGACACCUUAUCUGUCCCCUUGUCGAUGGCUCGAAUCUCAAGGUACAGAGCUGCAACAGAUCAAUUAAGGCCCAAUAGCUUUGAAGUCAUGGCAUUGGAUGGAGUAAGCACUGGGAUCUUUCAGUUUUACACUGCCCAGGAAAGCACUGACUGGCUGAGGGCAAUAUCAACCAACAUCAACGAUCUGACCCUGCAAAACAUGAAAAUGGCCAAUAAAUGCUGUUCUCCAAAUGAUCAGAUAAUUCACAUGGGGUGGGUGAGUGAGAGACUUCUGGCAUCUGAUUCCUCUCAGCUUUACAAGUUCAAGUUUCUGGGACUGAAGAGCUCAUUGCUUUACAUUUUCAAUACUCCACCGGUUAGCAUUCGCGACUGGCUACGAGCUGAGAAAAUCUACAACCUCUGUGAGAUUCUUUGUAAAGUUCAUAAGCUCUGGCUUGCUGAUGAAUGCUGGCUACAAGCAAACUUAUAUUUAGGUCUUCAUCAGGACUGCGAACUUCAAGACCAGAGGCCGUAUGGUUUCAGUAUCCUGGCCGGACAAGGGAAGAGCCAUUAUUUCUACGUGGAGCUGGGCAGUGAGCUAGCCGUGUGGGAGAAAACCUUCCAGAGAGCAGUUUUCACGGAAGUACAGAGAACAGGGUCUAAGACGUAUGGAUGCACCUGGCAAGGCCAAGCAUUGUCCUUCACAAUAGACUUUGCUGUCGGAUUUUUGUGUGUCGAUAAUAACACUAAGAAUGUUCUCUGGAGAUUCAAGUUCUCGCAGCUCAAAGGAUCAUCUGAUGAUGGGAAAACUCGAGUGAAACUGCUUUUUCAGAAUACAGAUACCAGGCAGAUUGAGAUGAAGGAGCUAGAAUUUCCUGAUCUAACGGCAGUAUUGCACUGCAUACACUCUUUCAUCGCAGCAAAAGUGGCAGCAGUGGAUCCAGUGUUCGUGGACAGCCAGAGUGUUGCACGGAAGUACAUGUACAGCAGCUGAGGUCUGGAUUUCAACCCAAGGGAAAGUAUUCUGUUAUUUAGCUUAAAAUAAUCACUUAAUUGUACGUGCUGCUGUGUGGCAGUGGGGAAUGGAGUUGGAAUGAGCUUGUGUUCUUGGAUAGAAAUGGUUAAGACAUCUGUCAG